AUGAAAGCUUUCAUUUCAAAGAAUCUAGUUGUGGUCAGUGAUGGACGUUCAUCGGACGAUAACAGUUAUCAAAAGCCUGAUAACCAAGAAAAGAGUCUGCGUAAAAUGUUCGGUAACAGUCGUGCUCGUUCGGGUGUUAUUGUGCUACCGUGUGGUGCGGGUAAAACAUUGGUUGGUGUGACGGCUGCAACCACUGUAAAUAAACGAUGUCUAGUGCUGGCCACUUCNGUUGAACAAUGGAGAGCACAGUUUAAGUUGUGGUCAACAAUUCGUGAUGAUCAACUGACAAGAUUCACUCGUGAGGCAAGAGAUCCGGUGCCAUCAGGCCCAAAUGCUAAUAAGCCUGUUGUUUGUAUCAGUACCUAUUCGAUGGUAGCCUACACAGGCAAGAGGACGUACGCAGCAGAAGAGGCGAUGAAAUACAUCGAAAGUCUUGAGUGGGGAUUACUUUUACUUGAUGGUAUGUCCCGGUUGAAUUUGCUUUGA